AUAAUUUGAUUCGAUCCACUUCAGCUUGAAGACUAACCACAUCUCCAAAGAGAGAGAGAGUUAAAAAUAAAUCCAUCAAAGAGCAAAAGGGGGAGAAGGAGAGAGAUUGAGAAGCCUUCAGAUCUGUGCCUGGCUAAAUUAGGGUUUGAGUAGCAGCAUGUCUUCUCCGUUUUAUUCUCCGACAAAUAUGCAGCAAGACAUCGGUCAGUCUCCUCCUGGGUUUGAUAAUGAACCAGUUCCAGUGAGUACCUACCAAGACACCGAGCCUGUCCCGCUCUCAACUUAUCACGAAAACGAACCUAACGGUAACCAACCCGAAGCCACUCAGCAAGAGCUCGACGACUUCUGGGAAAACGGUUUCAACAGAGAAGAGGCCAUUCAAGAGCCCAAGGAAAACGGAAAGAGGAGGAGCGUAGACAACACCUCUUUCGCUCCUGGUGAAACCGAUCUCAACCAACUCCCACCCAUCCCGCCUGUUUCAACCGGUCAAGGUCCUCCCUACGCCCCUGUUGACUGGCCUAGCCCUGGUGAUGUUUGGACUUGGAGAGUCGGGAGGAGAGUGACUGCUCUUGGCUUCCAUCAAGACAGGUUCUUGAUUCUCCCUCAGCGGCUUCAGCAGAGGAAUGUCCCAAAGUCUUUCGCCAGCAAACCUGCUCUCGCUCGUUAUAUCCAAAUGAGUUUCCCUGAGAUGGAUGCUGAUGCCUUCUUUGCUUCCUUUAGCUGGAAGAUCCCUGCUCUCUUCCAGCCUGCUGACAAAGUUGAUGAUGCUGCGUCUCUCUUUGAGGAGACACCAAAGGAAGUAAAGACCGAAGGAGCUGCUCCAAGUGAUAAAGAAGGAAACUCCAGAUACAGCCAGAGGAAGAGGAACCCUAUGCCCACGUUUGAAUCCGUUGUAGAGAAACCUAAAGCCACCAAGAAGAAGAAAGGCGCAAAAACUCCUGGCACCACCACUGGACCUCAAUCCUCUACCAAACCGAAACCAUCUCGGCAAUCUUCGAGACGCUCUUCGAACCAGCAGAGCGGUGGUGCAGUGGAGUUAAACCUCCAGAGCGAGGAGGAGGGAGGUGGACCCGCUACUGCACCAAACACUAGUGGCAGGAGAAAGAAACGCAGAGUUAACGUUGAGGAGGAAGACGUUUCCAUCCCUCACAUCUACGUCUCUCCAAUGAACGGUGUCCUCGCUGUCUCUCACGAGCCUAUCGAUGUCGACCCGAUAGAGUUCGACAGCUACCUCAACUCUCUUGAAAACCUUCUUCACCAAGGUCCAGAAGAUGCUGGAACAGAGUCCUCUGUUCUUGUAAGGGCAAGCUCUCCAAUGAGAGAGUACGAAUGGGCUGAAGCUCGUAUGAAGAUCUCGUCUCUUCUAGAGAAGGACUUCCCUACUCUGUUCACCUCCAAGGACGCUGCGGAGAUAGCAGCGUUAGCGACUAAGCUGAGGAAAGAUCCUAACCUCUCCGCUGAGGAGAUAGUGAGGCUGAAGCUCAUGGAAGAGAUUCCAACGUUCAGCGAAGUGUUUCAGGAGAACAAAGCUGUGAUCGAAGAAGCAGACAGGUUCUUCUCUGCGCUGGAGCUCAACAAAGCCAAAGUAGCUUCGCUUAAGUACGAGUACAGCGAUCUGAAGCACAAGCUAGGGAGUAUCCAGAUAGAAGUCGACGAGAACUCUGAGGCGAUCCGCCAGAUCGAUGAACAGAUGGCUCAGCUUCAAGCGAGAAGGAAUGAGCUGAAGAAGUACAUAGGUAGCAAGGAGAAGGAGAAGGUUGAUCUGAGCUACGGACAGAAGAUGGUGGCGAACUCGAUUCCUAAAGUGGUGCAGGAAGUUCAAGCGGCGAACUCGAAGAAGCCUGAGUGGGAGUGCAAGAAGGAGAAUGCUCUGAAGCGUGAGGAAGAGAUCCUCUCUAAGUUCAAUCCACUCAAAGGCUUCUUCCUCUAAAAGAAAUCAAAAUCUGGCAGUCUUACCUUUUAGCCAGAGUCUUGUUGUAUUAUCAUUAAGUAGCGGCUUCUUUUUUAUUUUUGUGGCAGACUUGUUGAAACCUUUCCUAGGCUUUUGGGGUUUUUAUGCUUAUGUAUGCGUUAUGUUGGAUGUACUUUGGAAACUUUCAGUUAGUUGUAAGCGACAACUAUUGCUCUUUUGAUGGAGACUGGUUCUUCAUGA